CUUGCUCAAUUUUGGAAUGGGAGCAUUUAGUAUGACGAUGCUUUAUCUGUGGACUGGAAGAACAAUUUACCACAUAAACAAAUUUGAUCGAUCCCAAUACUUCCAACACAUUUUAACUUACAAGGUAAUUUUUAGUUCAUUUUAAUAUUGUUACAUCGUAAUAAAUAUUUAAAAUAAUUAAAUAUAUCCCAGCCGAAAAGCCUAUUGUUGUAUCCAUUUGUGGCCAAUUGGUUUGCUCGAUGUGACGAUGAGCUCGCAACCCUGGAGUCGAGAGAUUUCUUAAAUUUGAUCACGAUUGGAGGCUGGGUGCUUGAUGUAGCAACAGCGGACAGUCUGACUGAUAAAUUACCAAAUACACAUCUCCAGCAGAUUUACGGAAUGACAGAAAUUCAAAUUGCGACUUGCACCAAAAUUAGUGAAAAACCAAAAAGACUGGAGCGCUGCAUUAACGGCGGACAAGAGUUUACUUCCUCAGGACGAUUUUUGCCAAAAUAUGAAGGAAAAGUUUUGGAUUUGUUAACCGGAAAAGAGCUGGGGCCAAACGAGGUGGGCGAGUUGUACGUCCGAGCACCUCACAUCACAGGCCGAUAUUUGAAACCUGGCAAUCAGAUUGAAACCUCGUCAAUUGACAAAGAUGGUUGGUUUGAAACCGGAGAUUUGUGCUUUAUGGACGAGAAACGAAACCUCUACAUAAAGGACAGAGUUAAAUUUACAUACCGAUAUAAGUAUGAUGUUGUUAUGCCUACUGAAGUCGAAUCUGUUCUGCAACAGCACCCUGAUGUACAAGAGGCAGGUGUUGUGGGAAUAUCCCACCCUGAUACACAUAGCGCUACCCGAGCUUUGGUAGUUCUCAAACCUGGACGAGGGUGCAGUGCAAAGGAUCUAUGCAAAUUCGUGGCCGACAGGUGUCCCGAGCACAAGCAACUGCACGCCGGGGUGCAAUUUGUUAAAAGCCUGCCAGUAAACAAGGGUGGAAAAUUAGAUAGGCAGGCCCUUAAAAGUUUAGCUGUUUCUGGCAUAUAGUGGCUGGAGAAGAAUAAUUGGAUAAUGUGUAUGUUAGUUAAUUUUAAUUAUUUUCAAAAGAAUUUUAACGUGGAAUCAGAAACUGAGCAAGAAAACCAAUGCUCGGAAAACGAA